AUGAGGCACGUAAAAUGCGAUAUCAUCCGGUCCGGAUCCCCGUCUCUUCUCCCCUUAUCCCCUCCCGCAGCUGCGGUGGGAGCUCUCAGAAGGAGGGGCACACUCCCAGGGUGGCGAGAGGGCCCCAUCUUCUUUGCCCCCACCUACAGGCUACGGGCACUGCAUAUGAGGCACCUCAAAUGCGCAACUGCCUGUCUCUCUCCCCCUCCUGCAGCUGAGCUGCGAUGGGAGCUCUCAGAAGGUGGGGCGUUACCCGGAUGGCGCGAGGGGCCCAUCUACUUCGCCCCGACCUACAAGUACGCAGCGGGCAGCAACCGGUACCUCUGGUGGGAGCUCUCGGAGGGCGGAGCGUUACCAGGGUGGCGGGAGGGCCCCAUCUUCUUUGCCCCGACGUACAAGUACGCAGCGGGCAGCAACCGGUACGUGGGAGAAGACAAGGAGGACGGGGAGAAGCGCCGCACGCCCGCCUGGUGCGACCGCGUCCUCUGGUACGACUCGGGGGACGCCACUGAUAGUGUCCCCCCCACCAGCAUCAGCAGCCCCAGCCCCAGCAGCAACACCGACACCACUGGGAUCACCAGCAGCGGCAGCAUGAGCAGCAGCGUGGGGGGGUAUGUGAGUGAUGCGCUGCAACUGGUGUCGUACUCGCGCGCGGAGCUGGCCUUGUCGGACCAUCGGCCCGUGGCGGCGGUGUUUGCCGUGCAGGUGGAGGCGGUCGAGAGGGAGAGGUUUGAUGCUGCUGUUGCUGUGGCGUGCCGGCAGUUGGAUGAAAGGCAGCAUCUGGCCAUCACGCAUUGUUCUCUCAGUGCCCAUGCCGUAGAGUUUGGAGAGGUGCCCUAUGCCUCUGUAAUCCGUCGCACCAUAGAGUUGCACAAUCUCGGCACGGUCCCCGCACGCUUCUCCGUGGCCCCGGCAUGCAGCACCGACACCGCUGCCCCCGGCCCUUCAGGGGGGUGCGGGGCAUGGGUGGUGGCGGAACCAGCAGCAGGGGCAGUGGCGCCAGGGCACACGGUGACUCUCAGCCUGCACACCUGGGUGGCUGUGCCGGGCACGAGGGUGGAUCUGCUGGUGGAUCGUGGCGGGUUGCUGGAUUUGAUUCUGGUGGUCGCAAUUGCGGGCGGUGGGGACCUCAAGAACGGCAGUGCCUCUCCCUCUCCUCAUCUACACCAUUUCCCUCAUCCCACCUCCUCUCCCUCCUCCAUUCUUCCUGCCGUUCUUAUCCCUCCCCCACAUGUUCAGCACUCCUGUCUGAAGGACCCCAUCCGCUCGCUCUCUCUCGACGCCAUCGCCACAUGCCAGCGAUCUUCCCUCCGCCACACCCGACCUACGCCUGCUGCCGCUGCGGCUAGCAGCAUCCCAGAAGCAUCCGAAACCGACCCUGACAAUGACAAUGACUCCGCUGCUGCAGCCGGGGAGGAAGAUCGGCCAUUAGGAGCAGCAGCACGAGCAGCAGCAGGAGCAGCAGGAAACCCAUCCCAUGCAUCAGACGCAUUUGAGGUGCCCAAGGAGGUGGCGCGCAUGCUCACCUUUCUGCUGGACUCCGGCCAGGACAUCUCAUCCGCCUUUGACCCCAUCGCUCUCGGCAUCGACCUUUCUCUCGACCAGGAAGACAGCACUCGUGCGCCCCACUUCCCCUCCUUGCAGUCCACCCCGUACGGGCACCCUCACUCACUCUCGCACACGCGCAGCGCGAGUCUCUCGUCCGAUGUGCUGUCUGCUGCGGUUAGUUCCCUCUCCACCACUCCCGAAAGCAGCUUCAACAGCAACCCCAGCAGCAGCAGCAGCAGCAGCAGCCCCGGCAGCAGUAGCAGCAGCUUCGCCAGGAGCAGCAGCAGCGCUGGGGCUGGUGCAGGUGGUGUGCUUCCGCAGCUGUCUCGCACUUUGAGUCGAGCCGGAGUGGCAGGGCUGUACCCCGCUGCUACUCUAGCUGUCGCUGCUGCUGCAGGCGCCGUGGGUGCUGACUAA